CCUCCAAUUCGAAUAUUACCGCGACGGUGGCCGUUCCUCGUGACAGUGCUCGACAGUCAGCAACACCUCCACCAUAUACAAACCACCGCACGCUUUUUGUUUCCGAGUAAUAUACGUGACCGACGCGCGAAUCUCGCCGCUCGCCGCCGCCCCCCAUUUUAGAUACACAAAGUAGUAUACCAAGUGUUUUAAAGUAAACCGUUUUAAGUAAGACAAAAAAAAGACCGCGCCACCAUGGUAUGUUCUAUUGAUGAUAUCGCCGACGAACUUCCCCCCGAACAAAUUGCGGUUCUCCGCAAAGCGUUCGACAGCUUCGACAGAGAAAAGAGCGGAAGCAUACCCACCGACAUGGUGGCUGACAUCCUCAGACUGAUGGGGCAACCCUUCAACAAGAAGAUCCUCGAUGAGCUGAUCGAGGAAGUCGACGCUGACAAAUCCGGACGCCUCGAAUUCGAGGAAUUCGUCACGCUGGCUGCGAAGUUCAUAGUUGAAGAGGACGCUGAGGCCCUUGAGAAGGAACUUCGGGAAGCUUUCAGGCUCUACGACAAAGAAGGAAACGGCUACAUCCCGACUACGUGUUUGCGUGAGAUCUUGAGGGAACUCGACGACCAGCUGACGGACGAGGAACUUGAUAUCAUGAUCGAGGAAAUCGACUCGGAUGGAUCCGGCACCGUAGAUUUCGAUGAAUUCAUGGAGAUGAUGACUGGAGAAUAAACUGAGUCUGACUGGUGGUACAGCACAAUCCAACUCAAACACGAUAUAUGUGCGACGAUCGCGUUACUUCAAAACUAAUUAUCCGCGUGGUUUCUAAAAAG